AAAUAAAACCGUAUCUCCAUAAUAAAAAAUUAAAUGUAUUUUUUAAAGUUUUAGCUCCCAACUUUAUUUUACUAUUUUAUUUAUUUGAAUUAGCUUUUAUGUUACAUAAUGACGUUUUAUAACAAUAGCAACAUGAACAAAGAAAUUGGAUUAUUAUUUUUAUUUCUAAACUUGCAUUUAGCAGUGAGUCAGGACUGCACACUGCCACAAGAGCUCUGGGGCAACUGGACGAGUACCAACCUCGGUACAAUAGUCAUCACAGGGACUUCCCCAAGUUUGACAUUUACUAAACUAUUUACCGCACAGACUGUCAGUGCUAAUGAAAUGGAAUGUCGCUUUACGUCUGGAACACAGUAUAUUCUCGAGUCAAAGUACCACAUACCUACAUUUAGUUCCACGAAUCCAAUUUUCAUGUGGAUGUGUCUAGAUCUCCGCAGAGCAAGCGCUUACUCUUACUACUACUAUCUAAACUCACCUGUGGAGUUUGGUUUCGAUGGUUAUCGGCUUGUUGGCCUUCCUGACGCAACAACCUCUGUCAGUGACGUGUGCACGGAAACACCUGAUACAGCCGAGUUUUAUACGAUGAUCAAAGAUGGGUUUGAGACAGAUGCCGUGAAUGCCGUGCAGUGUGCAGAUCCAGUGCUUGGUUCAUUUAGCUACACGUACACAGACGACUCAGGAGUCACUUCCUGUGAAAACGCUAUCUCAUCUUUCAUAAACGCCUGCGACAAUUCGAACAGAACGCAUAUAUUGGUCAACAACAGUGACUGCAUGUCUAUCAACCCUUUCUAUUCAAGUAGCGGUCAGUUAGGAUGCAUUGCCAAUGUACAGGAUUCCAAUUCAGAUGUUUAUUACAUAUCUUUGUAUAAUCUAGACACCUCACCAACGACACAGUUUAUAUGCAUUGCUGUGACCAAAGAUAGCAAUGGAACGGUUUAUCUGAGUAUGAAGCAGACAGACUGUGACUCUGGUCAAUCGCCGACAACAGCCCCAACAGGUGGAGCAACAAUGGUCCUUUCAGCUUAUUAUACAUGUAUGUAAACCCAGAAAAGGUUGAUAAUGGUUUGGAUGGUUAGAAGACUAUCACUUGUUUAAACAACACGGGUACUAGGUCUAAUCGACGACUCAGACUCGAAGAAACGGAACUGGACUUGGCUGUUUAUCUUUCUGCCAUGCCUUGCGCUUCUAAUAAUUUUCAUAGUUGUAUGUCUUUGCCUUUACUACUGGUUAAAGAAAAGAGAAACGC